ACGUUGUGACACUACGCAGGCUACAGCCAUGCUAUAAGCACGACGUGUUGAGCUAAACUGAACAAAAGAAGACACGUAGCUAGGCUAAUCUGUCGCACCGGUAAUUUCCACACAUGUCAAGAAGGCUGAAAUUCGGGCUCCUAGUUUUGCUGGGCAGCCUCUGGAUGUGGCCAAAUAACGUUGUCGCCGGGAACUCAGAAAACGUUCAAUUAAUUUGCCGAGAGAGCCUGGACGCAGCGGUCGGAGACAACGUCACUUUGGACUUCCACCUCGAGCCUGGAUCCGAUGCGACACAGUGGACAGCCUUUGUUUUUAAAUGCGAACAAAGUUCCGACAAUGUCCUGGUUUACAGAAGUGGAGGUUUUUCUGAUGAAGAUCAGGCAAACCGAUUCCGUGGCAGAGUAUCUCCUGACAGCAGCUGGGAACUAAGAGAAGGGCAACUAGCGUGGAAAAUCUCCCCAUUUGGAGAAAGUGACGCGGGAACAUACAAAUGCAUUGUUCGAACUAGAACUAGAACUCACCAACUCCCCUGUUCUACUGGACUGAAGAUCAAACAGUUCCAUCCACAUGAAGAAAGCAACACCACUGUAGUCAAUCCAUCAGAUGGUUACCAGCGACAUAAUACCAGCUCUUUGAUACCCAAAAAGCCAACAGAUGGUAACAACACUGGCUCUACCAACACUUUGUUUGCCGGGGCCAUCGCCGCCAUAGUCACAGCUGUUAUCAUCAGCAUCAUCAUCGCCAUCAUCUUCAUCGCUGGGGUGAUCUCUGGAGGUUUUGAUGGAAGGUGUCCCUUCCUCUUAUCUUUUUCACGCCUUCCCUGUCGUCGACGUUUUGAAGGUGUUAGGCAGAACGACCCAGAUGCUCCGGUGGCUCACAACGGGCCAGUGCAGGCGGUCGAGGGAAGAGCUGGAGUCCAAGAAAACGCGCGAUGGGUUACGAUUCCACUGGAAGAGAUCGGGGACCCAAAUCCUCCAGGAGAUGUCAACGUGUGAAGCAGGGACAUCUGUAGUCUUUAUGUCCAGUCUUCGGCCAGUCUCCGAUUCCACUGUCGCAGACUAAUGUCCAAUAUAAUAAUGAAAUCCUGAGAGUCUUGCUAGAGUCGGAGCGCUCCCGUCGUCUCCAUCGUUUGGUGUAAGGUCAUAAAACUCACUCCCAGUCAGUCUUUUUCCCGUCUGGACACUCAGACAAAAUCAAAAGUUUUUAAUUUAAAGUAAUUUUUAAGUCUUAGUAGUGAAGUUAAAUCAUGUGAACAUUGUCAACAACCAAUGGGUGCUCUCCCUCCAGCACCAAACAGGAAGCAACAAACCGGCUAGGGCCAGUGGUGUUUAUGGUUGCUAUGCUAAAUGCUAAAGAGGGAAAGUUGCUGAUUUUCAGCCCCUUCUGAAGCAGUCAUCCAACAGGAGUUUUACCGGCAGAUUAACACAGACCUCCGGGUACUGGAGACAUUCAUCUGCAUGUACAACAGAACAGAAAAUCAGCAGACUUUCCCCUAAAUUUACGAGCUAGCGGUAGCUAGCUAGCUUGGUUAAAUUUUUCAAAACAAAUCUAGUUGUAGUCUUGCAAUGUGGGACCCUGCA